AUGAGUGCGAAAGUUGUUGAAAAUUAUUCCCUCUUAGAAGUAAUAGGUUCUGGACAAUAUGGUAAAGUUUAUAAGGCAGUGAACAUAAAAAAUAAUAGUUUAGUAGCAGUGAAAGUGGUUAAAAUAGAAAAGUUUAAAGAAGUACCAAAAUUGGAGGAAUUCACAAUGAAUGAAAUCCAAACAUUGGCUAAAAUUAGUAAUCCCUAUGUUGUUAAAUUUAUUGAAAUGCUUAAGAGUUCUCGUAAUUACUAUUUUGUUUAUGAGUAUUGCAAUGGACAAACUCUUGAGGCUGUGAUUUAAGAGCAAGGGUAUAAAUUUGUUUAAUAAGGGUUCAAACUGAAAAGGAAGCUCUAUAUUAUUUUAGAUAAUUGGUUUAAGCAUUCCAAUCAUUAAUUUAAGACAACAUUAUGCAUAGAGAUCUUAAACCAAGCAAUAUUAUGUUACAUAAUGGAUAGGUGAAGUUGGGAGAUUUUGGAUUUUGUAAGGCCUUAAAUGGUCCUCAAGAUUUAUCUUCUACAAUGGUUGGAUCUCCAAUCUAUAUGGCUCCAGAAAUAUUAAAAGGAUAAGAAUAUUCAAUCAAAGCUGAUAUUUGGUCUUUGGGAUGUGUUUUGUAUGAAUUAUUAUACGGAAUUUGUCCAUUUGAAGAGAAAACUAUGGCUUAAUUAAUGUUGGCAGUUGAAGAGAGGGAAAUCCAAUUUUUAGAUAAUGUUAAUGUAGUAUCAUAACAGACUAAGGAUUUAUUAUAAAAAUUACUUACAAAAGAUCCAAAUAAAAGAAUUAAUUGGAAAGAAUUGUUUGAAAGAGAGUUGACUUAUGCAGAGAGUAGAAUAUUAUUAAUCAUUUAGGAACUAAAAAUAAUGAAUAACAUGGAAAUUAGAUUUAAUAAGAAUUAACAUUGAAUUCAUAAAGGAAUAAAGAAUCAAAGGCUUUUAAAUAUUUAUUAAUGGAGAGAAAUAAGAUAUUUUAUUUAUAUAAAGUUGUUGAAGAAGUCUUAGAAUUGAGCAAAGAAGAAGUUAAUUAUAUUUGUUAUUAUUAAUUGUUUUUAGAGAGAUGAAUGUAGAGAAUCUUAGAGUGUAUAUUGUGGCUAUAUGAUAAUGAAAUAUAUCUGUUAUUUGAUAGAGAUGAUCAGAAUGAAUCUAGUUGACAAAUUUAAUGUUUCAGCUUUUCCUCAUCUUGUAAAAAAAUAGGAAUUAUAAAAUGAUAUUACUAAAACAUUUGAGUAUAAAAGUUUUUGUACUCUUAUUUAAAAAGAAGUAGAAACAGCUAGAAAGAUGUUUAAGCAUUUUUAAGAUGAAGCAGAUAAAUUUUAUAAAUCAUAAAAUAAUGGAUAACAUAUUUAUUAAGGAACAGAAUUUGCUCAUUUUGAAAAUGAACUUUAAAGAGAAUUAUCAUCAUCUGAAAUCUCAAUUACUUUUAUGAAAAAAAUUGUAUUAAAAUAUUGUGAAGAUUUAAAAAGUUAGUAUCUACAAUAAUUUUUAGAUAAGAAUCCUUAAUUGGGUAGCAAGUAAUCUUAUAUUUAAUAUUUAUAGACAAUUAUUACAUAUUGAAAAAACAUUAGAAUCAUUAAUUUUAGAUGAAUUUUUUGAAAAUUGUAUGGACAUCCAACAAAUCGAUUUAGAACAACAAAAUUAUUUUUCAAUCCUUAAUAAAUAUUCAAAAGCAGAUUUAUUAUAAGUAAUCACUAAUAAGAUGGACUAUAUUAGACAUAAAUUAUAUAAAUGA